AAGGCGCCCGGACUCCCUCGGGACGCGCAGCCAUGACCGGGCGCGUCGUGGGCUCCGCGCGCGCGCUGCUCGCCGCCCUGCUGGCGCUGGCGCUCUGGGCGCUGCUGGUGUCGCCGGCGCGAGGCCGGGGCGGCCGGGACCACGGGGACUGGGACCCGGCCACGCAGCUGCCUCCGCUGCCGCCCCGCGAGGACGCGGCGCGCGUGGCCCGCUUCGUGGCGCACCUCUGCGACUGGGGCGCGCUGGGCACCAUUUCCACCCUGAAGGAGGUGCACGGCCAGGCCUUCGCAGACAUCCUCUCGCUCAGCGACGGGGUCCCGGGCGCGAGCACCGGCGUGCCCUACUUCUACCUGAGCCCGCUGCAACUCACCGUGCACAACCUGCAGGAGAAUCCCCAUGCCACCCUGCUCCUGUCCUUGGCACAGACUGCCUUCUGCAGGAAGAAGGGAUUUGAUCCCCAAAGUCCCCUCUGUGUCCACAUCAUGCUGUCAGGCUCCGUGAUGAAGGUGAAUGAAACAGAAGCAACCCUUGCCAAGCAGUCCUUAUUCACACGGCACCCUGAGAUGGAGACCUGGCCUUCCAGCCACAACUGGUUCUUUGCCAAGUUGAAUAUCACCAAUAUUUGGGUCCUUGACUACUUUGGCGGGCCUAAGAUUGUGACGCCUCAAGAAUAUUACAAUGUCACGUUUCAGUGAAGCAGAAUGUGAUGCAUUGAACGUCCUGGACCGACUUCUGAGGGUGGCUCACACACGCCGAUGGGGCCUCGGGUUGACCUGAGGGGUCCACCCAGAGUGCUGGCCGGUGUCUGUCAUGGGUUUGCUUGCUCGCUUAUUCCACAAGGACUUGGCUCUCUGCAGAAUCUCCUGGAAGAUCUGGCUGCUGGAUGUUGUUAACACUUGGAAGGCAUUUUUCUCAGAGAACAGUGUCUUUGAUUCUAAUAAAAGAGGCUUUGUUCAGUC